AUGCUGGACCGCGAUAUCCGGCAUAUCUCCAUCCAGCUGGCAGGGAAGAAGGAUGCGAAGCAACGCUUUGUGAACCUGAAGAGCAUCGAACAGAUUUAUGUCGGCCAGGAUGUGGCAGAGGAGAUUGAGCUGAUGGUCACAGAUCUCUCUGUGACCUUGGUCUUGGCGACCCAGCUCGCAAAAAGUGGGUGUCCGCUUGAUAUCGCUGGGUCUUGGCGAAAGAGAGUUUUGCCACGUUGA